AUGCCUGCGCUUCCGCCCACCCUGGCGGCAGCCGCGCCGGUGGCAUGGGGCGGCGGCAGUCUGGUGGAUGGGCGCGCGGCGUUCAGCGCGGACGGCCAGCGCCUGCUCUGCCCGUGCGGGGCCGUCGUCCGCGUCUUCGCGCUCGCCUCCGCCACCCAGGUGCGCAUCCCGCCGCCCAGGUGCGCAUCCCGCUCCGAGGUGGCGGUGCUGCAGGGCCACACGGCGCUCGUCACGUGCGUCUCCACCUCCGCCGUCGCCCGCUCGCCCGCCGCAUCCGCCGCUGCCGCUCGCGGCGCUGAUGACGACGAUGACCACAUGGGGAUCAACCCCCCUGCUGACGUGUCAGCUCCAGACUCUGCCACGUCAUCGAUGGUGUACGCGUGGAGCGGGUCGCUGGACGGAACGAUGCGGCUGUGGAACUUUGUAACGGGGGCCUCGCUAAGAGUGCUGCACCUGGGCCGACCAAUCAGAGACCUUGUGAUGUAUCCGUAUGCGAGCACGGAGAUGGUGGAGGGGGCGGGCGGGCGCGAGGAGGAGAGGGCGGUGGCGCCGGUGGCGUUGGUGGUGGUGGGCAACGAGCAGCGCGGCUGCGACCUGCUGCACUACGACGUCUUCCAAGACCGCUGCCUCAAAACGCUCUUCCACCAGGUCGCUCCUCCACCAGGUCGUUCCUCCACCAGGUCGCUCCUCCACCAGGUCGCUCCUCCACCAGGUCGCUCCUCCACCAGCUGCUCGUGUCCUCCCCGCUGGCCAUCAGCCCAGCGACGGGGCGCCUGCUGGCGGUGGCGUCGGGGAGGAAGGUGUUCGUGGCGCACUGCACGCGCCCCGCGCACCACGCGCGCCUGCACCUGCACCACCGCCGCGCGCUCACAUGCGUCGCCAUCCACCCCGAUGACCAGCAGGUGCGCCGCCCCAUUCCCCCCAUGCGCGCUCUCCCCCCAAUGCCCCCAUGCCCCCAUGCCCCCAUGCCCCCGCUGUUGCUCAUGCCAUGCCACUCGUGCCCCUCAUGAUGCUCCUGCUGCCCCUCAUGAUGCUCCUGCUGCCCCUCAUGAUGCUCCUGCUGCCCCUCAUGAUGCUCCUGCUGCCCCUCAUGAUGCUCCUGCUGCCCCUCAUGAUGCUCCUGCUGCCCCUCAUGAUGCUCCUGCUGCCCCUCAUGAUGCUCCUGCUGCCCCUCAUGAUGCUCCUGCUGCCCCUCAUGAUGCUCCUGCUGCCCCUCAUGAUGCUCCUGCUGCCCCUCAUGAUGCUCCUGCUGCCCCUCAUGAUGCUCCUGCUGCCCCUCAUGAUGCUCCUGCUGCCCCUCAUGAUGCUCCUGCUGCCCCUCAUGAUGCUCCUGCUGCCCCUCAUGAUGCUCCUGCUGCCCCUCAUGAUGCUCCUGCUGCCCCUCAUGAUGCUCCUGCUGCCCCUCAUGAUGCUCCUGCUGCCCCUCAUGAUGCUCCUGCUGCCCCUCAUGAUGCUCCUGCUGCCCCUCAUGAUGCUCCUGCUGCCCCUCAUGAUGCUCCUGCUGCCCCUCAUGAUGCUCCUGCUGCCCCUCAUGAUGCUCCUGCUGCCCCUCAUGAUGCUCCUGCUGCCCCUCAUGAUGCUCCUGCUGCCCCUCAUGAUGCUCCUGCUGCCCCUCAUGAUGCUCCUGCUGCCCCUCAUGAUGCUCCUGCUGCCCCUCAUGAUGCUCCUGCUGCCCCUCAUGAUGCUCCUGCUGCCCCUCAUGAUGCUCCUGCUGCCCCUCAUGAUGCUCCUGCUGCCCCUCAUGAUGCUCCUGCUGCCCCUCAUGAUGCUCCUGCUGCCCCUCAUGAUGCUCCUGCUGCCCCUCAUGAUGCUCCUGCUGCCCCUCAUGAUGCUCCUGCUGCCCCUCAUGAUGCUCCUGCUGCCCCUCAUGAUGCUCCUGCUGCCCCUCAUGAUGCUCCUGCUGCCCCUCAUGAUGCUCCUGCUGCCCCUCAUGAUGCUCCUGCUGCCCCUCAUGAUGCUCCUGCUGCCCCUCAUGAUGCUCCUGCUGCCCCUCAUGAUGCUCCUGCUGCCCCUCAUGAUGCUCCUGCUGCCCCUCAUGAUGCUCCUGCUGCCCCUGCUGCUGUUCCUUCAUUCCUCUCACGCUCGUCUUUCCCACGUGCCCCUCACAUGAGCCACCUCCCACGUGCCCCGUCUCUCUCCCGCCCCGCGUGCGUGCAGGUGGCAGCGGGCGACGUGUUGGGGCGCGUGGUGGUGUGGCACGGCAUCGGCCGCCGCUCCGGCUGGGCGUGGGGGGAAGGCCAAGCCAGGGGCGCGCCAGCUGGCGGACGCGCAGGGCGAGAGGGCGGGUGGAGGGGGGGAAGAGGUCGGGGAGGGGGGAGAGGUGGGCAGGGAGGGGGCGGGGGCAGGUGGGGCGCCGGGAGAGGGGGAGGAGCAGCAGGAGCAGGAGAAGGGGAGGAGGGGGAGGGCGAGGAGGAGGGAGAGGGGCGGAGGGGAGCGGAGGGGGAGGAGGACUGUGAGGCGGUGUCAUCGCUGCACUGGCACGCCUCCGCCGUGGCGGAUCUCGCCUUCUCCCCUGACGGGGUGCACCUGGUGUCCAUAGGCGCCGAGGCCGUGGCGCUCGUCUGGCAGCUGCAGUCCGGCGCGCGCCGCUUCCUCCCCCGCAUGCCCGCCGCCCUGCUCCGCCUCGUGCUCCCGCCCUCCCUGCUUCCCCCGCUGCCUCCCCCCAGCCCCUCCACACCCAGUGCAGCAGCAGCAGCAGGGGGGGCAGGGGGAGCGCGGUCGCUGGUGGCACCGUUGGCAGCACCGGAGGCGUUGCGGUUUGGGAUGCAGUGUGCGGACAACAGCGUGCGAGUGGUGGACCUCAGCGAGUCGUCCCUCAUCGCCUCCAUCCGCGGCAUCGCCCCCCCGCCCCCCACACGCCCCCUCCCCGCGCGCCACUUCAUCCUCCCCCCACUCGACCCCUUCAAAUCCCCCCUCGGCCCCCUCCCCUCCUCCGCCUCUGCCACCUCCUCCUCCCUCUCCAACUGCCUCCCGGCUGACGUGGCGCGCCAGCUGGCGGUUGAGCUGGCAGUGACGGGCGGCGGUGCCCCGUCAGCAGUGGUGCAGAGUGUGAGGGGCGGGAGUGCGCGGCUGGUGGUGGUGGGGCCACUGGGGCUGGUGCAGGUGUACGAGGUGGGGAGGCAGCAGGUGGUGGCGGCGGUGCAGCUGAUGCGCAUCAACGUGGUCUCCUCCGCUGAGGCCCGCUUCAAGCGCGCCUUGAAGCUGCAGGAGAUGCAGCAGCGCGACCAGGCCGUGCGCCUGCUGCAGGGCGGGCAAGGCAAAGCUCAGCAGCCGCAGCCACAGCAGCAGGGGCCGAAACCCCCGCCAAUCUGGGUGAGCCACGUGUGCUUCUCCCCUGACGGCCACACGCUGGUCACUGUUGAGAUCCGCCAGCCGGAAGAUCUGGCCGGCCAGCAGUCCACCCUCAAGUUCUGGGCGGCACCGUUCGGCGGCACUCAGGGCGUGAGGCAGGGCAGUGGCAAGGGAGGCAAGGGCGGCAAGGAGGGGCUGACGGCGCUGACGACGGCGGUGGAUGCGCCGCACGGGGCGGCGGGGCUGGUGACCGGCGUGCACGUGCGGGCGGGCGGCGACAUGGUGGUCACGUGCGGCACGGACGGUGAAUUCCGCACUUGGACCCGCGUGUGGGGCGAGGGGGAGGACGAAGGGGGGGAGGAGGGAGAGAGGAAGGGUGCCAAGCAGGGGCGUGGGGGAGUGAAAGGGGGCGGGGGGCGAGGGAGAGGAGGCGUGCAGGGGUCAGGGCAAGCGAAGACGGCGCGGGAGCGCAUGGAGGAGCGGGAGGCGGGCAUCGCACCGCUGACCUUCUGCUGGCGCUGCCGUGGGGUGGGCAGCUACGCCUCGCAGCCCCUCCUUGCAGCGAGCUUCUCCUGGGAGGGUUCCCUGCUGGCCGUGGCCGCCCUGCACCGCGUCACUCUGUGGGACCCCGACCGCCACGCGCUGCUGGCCGUGCUGCACUGCGCGCCCUCUCUCAGCCCCCUGCAGGCAGGCCUGCCGUGGCACCAGCCCGUCACCGCGCUCGCCUUCCUGCCCCACUCCCCCUUCCUCCUUGCUGUCUCCGGCGCCCUCGCCCCCUCGGGGACCUACUUUACGCCGCCAGGCUCAACCGCUGCCCCCUACGCGGCUCUGUCCGUGUGGAGUCUGCUCUCUCUCUCCCUCGCCUGGUGCCUCCACCUCCGUGUGCUCUCCCUCGCCACCCACCCCUCUGCACCGCUCUUCGCCGUCAUCGUUGCUGCUCCCACCGCUGGUGGCGGUGGUGGGAGGGGCGGCGACACAGGGCAGGGCGGUGGCGUGGAGAAGGACGAGGAAGGGGGGGAGGGUGAGGAGGAGGAGCACGGGGAGGAGGUGGGACCGAAGGAAGGUAGUGUUGGGAGGAGUGGGUGGGCGAGGAGGAGUGCAGGCGAAGGCGGGGCGGUGAAGGGGGCAGUGCUGGUGUUUGAGGGCGGGGAGAGCCCUGUGCCCAUCGCAGCGUGGGAGAUGGCUGAUGUCACUGCCGCCACUGUCGCCUUCCUGCCACCCUCCUCCGCACCUGCCGGCAGCAGCAGCAGCAGCAGCAAGGAAGGGACAGCGCAGUGGUCCAUCGUGGUGGUGAGCGGUGGCAGGGAGUAUGCGGUGCUGAAUGGGGAGGAGAGCCGGCCUGCGCCAGAUGCAGCGGGUCGGGACGUGGAGCUGUCAAAUGGUGCUGCUGCUGGCAUGGCGGACGGUCAAGCUCUUUCGGCCUUUGAAAGCAUCUAUGGAGCAGCAACCACCGCAGCGGCCGUGGCAGCAGCGGCAGGGGGUUUGUCGGAGAAGGGCAGAGCGGCGGGUGAAGGGAGGGGGCAAGGGGAGAUGGAGGCGGUGGAGGGGCGGCCGUGGGGCAGCCUGCUGUCAGCGCCGUCACACGUGCUGCCAUCGCUGUCCAGGCUGUCCAACGUGGCGGGCAUGCUGCAGCACUGCCGCGCGGAGCAUGGCGGGUUCGACUUGAAGCAAUUGCGAGCAGCGCAGAAGUGGGACGAGUAUCAGUGCAUCCGCGCUGUCAACUUCAUCCGUACCCACGUGGCGGCCCAUCGCUGCAUCCACUGCCUACAGUCCUUCCCCUCCCCACCUGACCUCAUUCAACACAUGGAAGCUUUGCAGCACUUUCUCCUCCCUCCUCUCCCGCUCUCCACCCCGCCCGAGCCCUCCGCCCCGGCCCCUUGGGGAGACGACGCAUACCUCAGAAGCUUCCUGGAAGGCGACCCUGUGCUGUACAGCUUGGAUGAUGACGACGAGGAGGGCAGCAGCGAGGGGGGCGCCAAGGGGGGCAGCGCUGAUGCUGCUGGCGGAGGGGGUGCGCGCGAGGCCAGUGCUGUGGUGGACGUUACCGGGUUACCACUCACUGCAGCGGCGGCAGGGGCGGCGGCGGCGGCGGCGGCAGCAGCAGAGGGGGGCGGCGUGGGGAGCGAGGAGGAGCGCUCUCUGGCGUUCCAGGAGCUGCUCUCCCUGGCGCAGGGGGAGGGUGCGGGGGGGGAGCAGGGGGAGGGGGAAGGUGCAGGGGCGGAGAGCAGUGGGAGCGGAGGUGCGGGAGUGCAGGCAGCCCGCACAGGGGGGGUGGGAGGGGGAGUAGGCAGCUCAGGUAUACCUUCAGGUGGAACUUCAGGUGGUUCUUCUGUUGGCAAGGGCAAGGAGAAGGUGGGAGAAGUUGCAGGAGCAGGGGGGGAGGUGGAGGGGUGGGAGGGUGCAGACGGGGAGGACGUGGCGCCCUCUUUGGAGCAGUACGUGACGCUGGCCAAUCAGGUGCUGCUGCUGCGACAACAGAACGCACAGCUGGCACACCAGCUGGCUGCCACGUCAGCAGGAAGGGCUCCAGAAGGCCCUUUCAGUGCCACUGCCGGUGGUGCAGGCACGGCCGCCCCACGCACGCCGUUCUCCACGCCCAUGGUCUCGCCCUCCCCCAGUACCGCCUCCCUCAUUGCCACCGCCACUGCCGCUGCCGCCAUUGCCUCUGCUGCAGCACAAGCCUCAGGCGCCAGCAACACCGCUGAAGCUGCCACCGCUGAUGGUGCUGCAGCAGGCGCGGGUGCAGGGCCUGCUGCUCCGUCGGCUGCUGCAGCAGCGUGGCAGGCGCAGAGCAUGGGAGCGCCGCGCACGCCCUUCUCCACGCCGCUGGUCUCCCCCUGCCCCAGCUACGCCUCCCUUGCCACCGCCGCCGCUGCUGCCGCUGCUGCUGCAGGCGUGGGUGAGUCGGGGGUGGGCAGUGGGAUGCACGAGGGGUCGGUGAAAGACAUGCUGCUGCAGGUGAGGCACGGCGAGCAGCAGCACAAGCAGGGCCGACCUCCCAUUCCCGUAUCCCCCCGCCCAGCCUCCACUGGCGCCCUUGCUGCUGAGAAAGCGGUGGGUGUGGUGGCUGCAAAGGCAGGUUUGGCAGGAGGGGAAGGCACGGCAGGGCUAGGAUUGGAAGGAGGAGGUUCGGGAACGGGCAGCCCGGUGGUCCCUCGGACGCCCUUCUCCACGCCGCUCGCCUCGCCCUCCCCCAGCUACGCCCUGCUGCCCCUCGAUGAGGCCCAGAGGAAGCUGGCAGCCGUUGCUGAGACGGUGGAUGGCGCCAUGGAUGGGGAGGCCGCCGCGGCUUCACCUGCAGCACCUGCUGUUGCUGGUGCGGGUGGGAAGGGGGAAGGGGAUGGGGAGGAGGGGCAGGCGGCGAGGAAGCGGCGGCAGGUGACGUUUGGGGCGGUGCGGGAGAGGCAGGUGCGCGUGAUCGACGCCAACUACUUCAGCUCCUACGCCGGCUUCGGCAUCCACCGCGAAAUGCUCUCCGAUAAGGUCCGCCCCGCUCCCUUGCCUGUGCACACCGGCUCUGUGGUAGGAGGCAGGCUGGCUCGGACCACAGCCUACCAGGCAGCUUUGGAGGAGAACCCGAGCCUGAUUGAGGGAGCAACAGUGCUGGAUGUGGGCUGUGGCACAGGCAUUCUCAGUCUGUUUGCAGCGCGCGGAGGAGCAGCGAGGGUGGUGGCGGUGGAUGGCAGUCGAGAGAUUCUCACCGUGGCUCAGCAGAUAGCGCGCGACAACGGCUAUCUCGCGGACGCCGAGUCCGCCCCCCCUGCUCCCAGCAGCACCUCUGCCAGCGCGCCUCAGCGCACCCCACGCCCCGUGGUGUCCUUCGUGUGCAGCAAGAUCGAGGACCUCUCCCCCGCCCCCACCGGGACCACUCAAGCACCCGCGCAGGCGGGCGCUAGCGGCGAGGGGGCGGGAGGCGGGGGAGGCGGCGGGGAGGUGGCGUUGGAGCGGGGGAGUGUGGACGUGAUAGUGAGCGAGUGGAUGGGGUACGCGCUGCUGUACGAGUCCAUGCUGCCCUCUGUGCUGCACGCCCGUGACACCUGGCUCAAACCGGGCGGCGCCCUGCUGCCCGACACCGCCUCCAUGGGCUGCAUUCCGCUCGCACUGUUCGCUUCUUGCCUCCGGUUCAUUUGUCUCCUCUUCCGCAUGCUGCCCCUCUCCCAUCCCAUCAUUCCGCCUGCUUCGCUUCCCCGCCACCAGCACGUGGCGGGGUUCGGUGAGGGAGCAACGAGUGUGGGGUUUUGGAGGGACGUGUACGGCUUCAGCAUGGCGUCUGUGGCGCGCGAGAUAGAGGACGAGGCGGCUCGCACGCCGCUGGUACAGGAGGUCACCCCUUGUAUCUCUCGUCCUUCACCUCCCUCUGCUGUCCCCCCUGCCUCUUCUCCCCUGAACCUCAUCCUCUCCGCCCAUCCCUUACGUUUCCCCCCAUCUACCUCCCCCGUCCUUCCCGCCCUUCCGUGGCAGCACUUUGACCUGUGCACUGUGGCAGUGCCGGACCUCGACUUCACCUCUGAAUUCUGCAUCACUCCAACCCUCCCCACCUCCUCUGCUGCCGGGCCAGCUCCCGCUGACAGCCCUGCCGCUGCAACUCCAGCAUCCCCUGCCUCCGCCUCCCCCGCGCUGUGCUACGGGCUGGCGCUGUGGUUUGACACGGCCUUCUCCGCCCGAUUCUGCUCCGCCAAGCCAGUGCUGCUCUCCACGUCGCCCUUCUGCACGCCCACCCACUGGGCCCAAACCCUCCUCACCUUCCGCGAACCCAUUGCUCUCGCACCUGCAGCACAGUCCACGGCUGCAGUGCUGAUCGGAGAAACCCCACCACUGGGAACAGGAGCGGUGGGGUCGGAGGGUAGGCCGGCGGUGGAGGUGAGGGGGAGGGUGAGUGUGGUGCGCGCCAGCAAGCACCGCAGCAUUGACAUUUCAGUGGAGGUGGUGGCGGUGGGCGCUGAUGGGGGCAAGAAGGCAUGGCCCGCUCAGAUGUUCACCAUAUGA